GACUCAGCCCUCAAAUCCACAAGGGAACUUAUUUCCUCUGCUUUGUGGGAAUUCUAAACACAGACACAAAACACAGCGAAGAAUGUGGAAAGACUUUGGUCCCAUGUUAUGCCUGAUGCUGCACCUCUGUUACCAAGGGAACACUUCCGACAUAAAUUGUCCUCCCAGAUGCCAGUGUUUCACGCCGACUCAGGUGAUGUGUUCUGAGGAGAGUAUGAGAAGCCCGCCCAUGAACAUCUCCACACAGGUGAAGGAGUUGGUCAUUUUGACGACGGGAAUGAUGCACCUGGGCCCGAUCACGAUGCUGUACAGCCACCAUCUCACCAAGCUGGUCUUCUUCAACAACUUGCUGCGGGACGUCUCCACCAUGGCCUUCGAUCGCCUGACCGGGCUCGAGGAGCUGGAGAUCAGCGGCAACUCUUGGCUGGAUUGUUUGAACCCAGGAACCUUCAGCAAGCAGAGAAACCUCACCAAACUUCUGCUCAACUUCAACAGGUUCAAGUCACUGAGUGACGGCCUCUUCAGUUCGCUCCAGAAGCUGAGGACUCUUCAGCUGAAGGGCAACAUCAUCUCCCACCUGCCCAGGCAGCUCUUCCAGAACCUCCUGAGUAUCCGUGCUCUUGACCUGUCCCUGAACAUGCUCACAGGGGUGGACGAGGAGCUCCUCAGCGGCAUGUCCCAGCUAGAGUCCCUCAAACUGGGCUACAAUAUGAUCAAUGUCCUCUUUCCCGACACUUUCCUCAACAUCUCCCACGUGAAAGAGCUUUGCCUGCAGGGAAACCAGAUAUCUUACCUCCCUCAGGGUGUCUUUUCACAUUUAGAAAAACUAGAGGAGCUGAACCUUCGCAGCAACUUGAUCACAAAUGUGAGCUCUGGAACUUUUCCUUCUGGCUUGAAAAAGCUGGAUCUCAAAGGCAACAGGCUGGUUCAGCUCUCGCCUGACUCGUUCGGCCAUCUGACCGGUCUCACACAACUGUUUCUGUCAAUGAACCAGCUCACUAACCUUCCAGAGGACGUCUUUCGGAACCUGACGGACCUGCAGAACCUAGACCUCUCGGAGAACCAGCUCACAUCGCUGCCGGGAACCAUCUUCCAAGGUCUCACCAAGAUCGAAAUCGUCCACCUGCAGAAUAACAACCUGAGCUCUCUGAAGGCCAAUCUGUUUGAGGACCAGGCCUUCUUGGAGCAGCUGUACCUCUCAGAGAACAAACUCCAGACCCUUCCUCAGGGCUUCUUUGACGCGUUCUUCAGCGAGAACGUGAUGAGACUGCGCAGGAACCCCUGGAGCUGUGACUGCCACAUGCUGUAUCUGUAUGAUUAUGUGGCAGAGCACAGUCACUUGGUGGAGGACCUGAGUAAUGUGUAUUGUAAGGGCCCUGAGCCUUUGAGAGGACAGGGUCUGGUCUCCUUAGAGAGGGACCAGCUGGUAUGUCCAGGUAAUUUAUCUUCUAGAGCCAAAGCCCCCCCCUUCCAAGGCUUGGAGGAGAGGCCACACCCUAGCAAUUGUACUGUCCAGGUCAUCAACGACGACCUGACUAUCAAGUGCAAAGUGACUAAAUGUUCCCCAUUGAGACUUAUGGUGCAGUUCCAAGAAGGGGAUGGCAGUACGUCUGAGUACAUCAUGAAAAAGGACUGGGCAGAAUCUUCACAGUGUAGCAAUGGGACUAUAACUCUCACUGUGUGAAUGGUGUUCAUCAGCACACUGGCUGAAGCUUUGCAAGAACUUCUCUAUGCAGAUUUUGACUUUCUUUAUCCAUGUACAUCAUAGAGUUUUAUCAAACACACAAUAUUUUAUAUACCAACAUACUGUAUAUGAGAUGAGAGUGAAUUUCACCUGAAUUUCAUAUAAUUUUGAAGGUAUUGGCUUUGAAUAAUUUAUAAUACGAUGUCUACCAGUAUUGGUAUGAGUUUAAACAAAUCUCUCCUACAGCUAGUGUCAAUAUUGUACAGACCUUUAACUCAUCUCAAAGCUGAUAACCAGGCUGACGGUGUUUCCCACUCAUAGCUGAGAGAUAAGAGAGAUGGAUGAACUAUUUCUUGUGCGGUUCAAAGUUCAUCCCUAGAGUUCUAGAGACCGUGUAAUGAACCUAGUACCAUCCACACAAUCAUUUACUAACAGAUAUAUCAACGUAUGCUCUUGCCAGCAGAUGACUCUAUUCCUCCAUUGACUUCACUGGCCAUGUUCCUUAAGUUUACUCAAGCUUUUCAGCACCACUGUUACUGUAAAUUAGAUUCUCAAACAUAAAGACACUAGUUUAGACGUAGUAGACGGUAACUCUGUUGAUAUGCAACAACACAUUCACACAGUGCUUUCAGACACCCCAGCAAUGAACUUCGUUGUUUUGUGUAGUUGAUUAGUCUUGAUUAAUUAAACUGACAAUCUGUGUAUGGCUAAUUGAACAUCUAUAAAACUAUCAAUCCUCCUGUGGAUGACAAUGUAAAUAAAGUGGUAAGCUUG